GUCAUUGCUAUGUUUUCAUGGCGGGAGGCCGCGCAGUCGUGUCAAAUUAAUCUACAACCGAGUGACCUAUUUACAAGUCAUGCUUUUAACAACCCGGUUUGUAUGAUAUACUCUUAACUGCCAGUUUAAGCAGAAUUAGUUGGCGUUAUUUGAACGGCAUAAAGUUACUGUUUGCCUGUGUUGGCGGGCAGGCUAAAGCUCGCUAAGGAAGCGGUCUGCUGGCUUGUACUUUACUCUGAUGGAGAGUUCAGUAAUAACAGAAAAUCCGCUGCUUUUACCUCUAAACAAGGACAAAACUGUCUACGACGGCUUCAUCACAGUUCAGGAACAAGACUUCCGAAUGAGAAUAACACUUCCACCAGAUCGCCAACUUAAACUGGCCAAGCUGCACUGCUGUUGCCAGUUAAAACACCUGUUGCGUGGAUAUGAGCACAUCAUGAAGCAGAGGUUGCAGCAGUCAGCUGAUCUUGUUAGUUUCAUUCUGGAGCUGAAGACUAUCUUGGAAGUGGGCUUGAAGAGUCAUCCUAAGUGCCGCUCCAUCCCGCCUCCACAGUAUUACUCUCAACUCAUCUCUGAGCUGGAGACUCUUGGAUGGGACAAGCUGCUGUUCAUAGACACAGAGUUCCAAACACUGAAACUAAAGGCAGAGGACUCCUCUGGAAGGCAACACUUCAUCACAGUUAAACUGAAGUCUAAGCACCCUGUAGAGGCUCCUGAAUGCUCUGCUGACCUGCCGAUUCUUCUGGCAAUAACUUGGACACCACAGAGUACACUGGAACACCUCCACAAACAGUUCCUGGCUAUUUUAGAGUCUCUGACAGAGUUCUGGGACAUCUUGGAUGAAAUUGACAGCAAUACCUGGAUUCUGGAGCCAGAAAAACCGAACCGGUCGGACACGAUGAGGCGGAUUGCCAUUGGGAACAACGUAUCCAUCAAAGUGGAAGUGGAUCCCAGGCAUCCUAAAAUGCUACCAGAGUGCUGCCUACUUGGAGCUGACCAUGUGGUGAUGCCGCUGAGGAACAAACUCAACACCAACAUGCACUUGUGGAACCCAGACGCCAGCGUCUUGCACAACCUCCGGGAUGUUUUGGAGAUUGAAUUCCCGUCACCUGCCACCCACGAAAAAUCUAGCUUCAGCAAUGAGUGUGGGAUCUGUUACUCAUAUCGCCUUGAAGCUGCAAUCCCUGAUCAGGUGUGCAAUGACCCUCGCUGUGGUCAGCCCUUCCACCAGGCCUGUCUCUAUGAGUGGCUGCGAGCGCUUCCUUCCAGCAGGCAAAGCUUUAACGUUGUAUUUGGAGAGUGUCCUUACUGCAAUAAGCCCAUCACUGUGAAAAUGGCAGCACACACUUCCUAAGAAAAGACUGUCACACGGCCUCACUGGAGCCACAUUGUGUCUGUGAUGAAGAUAUGAAGAGCAUCGUUGCUGCACAGGGAUUUCAAAUAUACUGUGGUCAACAUCGGGAAAAGAAACUCCCUUCACU